AUGCCACCCCGGAUACGCGGUAGCAGCUGCCAGCCGCAACUGCUUCUCAACUACCUCGAGCCAGCGUCAUCAUCCAUAUUACCAUCAGCCGCCAUCAUCCCACUACACAGGCCAACGGCGUCGUUGCCAAAAUGCAACCGGGCCUUCUCCACGACGCCAGCGCCACAAAUAACGAAACUGCGGCGGGCGUUCAAGGAAUGGUGCGAGGAAAAUGAGGAGAUGUUUCGCCAACACCCCCGGGACCGCCAUAUGAACUACAUUACCACCGGCUCUAGGCCGUUCCCCAACAAUCCCAACUUCCGAAGCGAACCCGUGUUAUCGAGUGAGGCACGCAAGAUGAUCUGGGAGGCCAUCAUGGUGAAGGGCAUGCCGCUUAAAGCCGUGUCGGCCGAGUUCCAUGUGGACAUGCGCCGCGUCGCGGCGGUGGUGAGGAUGAUGGAGAUUGAGAAGAAGUAUGAGCGUGAGGUAACUAACACCUGCCGUCAGGGCCAACCCCUCGCCCAUGCCUACGCCCGCGCCAUAGAAAAGAUGCUUCCCCGCCAAGACCUUCGGGAUGGCGAAGACAAGUUCGAGCCCAUCAACGACAUCCAUGUGCACAGUCACACAAUGCAGCAAUUAUUCGUCCCGACGUCGGAGUCGCGCGAGUUCACGCGCGCCGACGCAGCCAAGGCGUUCGGCGAGCACAUUCUGCCGCCGGACGCCAAGAUGCGCAUUCCCGAGCUUGUGCAGAUGGAGAAGAACAUCGCCGAGGGCAUGGAUGAACGCGAGGCGCGCGGGCACUUUAUCAAGGAGGCGGCCGAGAGCGAGCAGGCAUUUGCGGAGAAGCAGCGCGCGCGCGCGGUCGCCGCUGAGGGGCGCAAGACGCGCGUCAACACGGGCAGGUUCGAGUUUCGGUUUGAGAAGAUCAAUGCCGAAGACGUGGGCCCUACGGGCCGCGCGCGGAAGGCCGUGGGCUGGCGGUACGGCGCGCCGCAUAUGGACCGCAGGAGAGGCGAAGUCAAGAUCCCGACACACGUGGGGUAA